UUUUUUUUUUUGUUACAACAGAAGUACUUUUUAUUUUGACUUGUAUUUCUCUUUAUUGUUUAUUUGUUUGUCUCAUUGUUUUAUAUAUUGUAUUCAUUCUUCUUCUUGUUCAUUCAAUGGUGAAAACGGAAGACUACUCGACUGCCGAACACCUUUUUACAAAAGAACCCUUCUCUCACCUACUUCAACAGUCACUACCUUCUCCUUCUUCUUCUGAUGGUCAAUUAUUCAGUACUUUUCCUUCACCUACUUCUUCAAAUGAUUCUUUAGAUCAUCAACAUCAACAACAACCUUACUUUGGCAGCAAUCCACAUCAAGCUAUACCUUACAAUGUCCUUCAGGCCCUUUACUGUGGACAAUCUCCUUCCAAUGAAUCAAUGACUUCAAAUUUGGAUUUAUCUUCUGCUCCUACUCUUUUGGAAAAUUUUGAUCAAUUUGUUCAAUUUGAUGAUGAUGGGCAUUCACUCUUUCAUCAUCCUCACAAACAACAACAACAGCAUCACCAUCAACAACAGCAACAACAGCAACAACAGCAACACCUUCAUCAACACCUUCAUCAACAUCUUCAUCAAUACCAGCCUUAUCAGCCACGUGAAUCUACUGUCACUCCUUCAGCCAUCAGCAAAAAGACAAACUUAGCAACAACAUCAACCACAUCCACCAGUCAACAACGGACUCGACAAUUAGAGUGCUCAAAUUGUCAUGUCACCAGUACUCCACUUUGGCGUCGUACACCUGAUCGGGCUCAUUUUCUCUGUAAUGCAUGUGGUCUUUAUUACAAACAAUAUGGAAAUCAUCGUCCUCUGCAUGUACGACAGAAACAACAGCCACAAAAACAAAAGCCAACUUCUUCUUGUACUCCUCCUCCUUCUGCUGGCGGUGCUACAUCUUCUCCUUCUUCUUCAUUGGACAUAUCAGAUUGUAAAGAAGAACAACAACAGCAAAAAAAACAAUCUAAUGCAAGUGAUUAUGGAAGUCUUAUUAUUGGUACUAUGUCUUCUCCCACUAUUUCUCAUUCAAGUAUGACUAUUCCCACUGAACACUCCUUGAAUCAAUCAACACCAUUAUUCGUAUCCACCUCAACAAAAGAUGAUCCAAUUUACAAAUGUAUCAACUGCUCACAAACAAGGACUCCUCUAUGGCGAAAGGAUGGAAAUGGUGAAUCUGUAUGUAACACUUGUGGUUGUUAUCCCAAAAUCGAAGAACAGGAUCAGUCUACAUAUAUGAAAAAAUCAAGACCGCAAAAACGACGAAAAAUCAUGGAAAAUGGACAACCUACAUCACCAUCAACAACGUCCCCUAUAUCUCCUUUAUUAUCUACCAUGUCAUCACAGCCAUCAUUAACAGCAAUCCAUCCUUUAUCUCCGCCACAGCAACAUGGACAACAAUCAAAGGAAUGGAAUGAGUUUGACGACACUCGUUUCAAGAACUUACUUAGUCGAAUGAAUCAACAACAAAUGUAUGGGUUUCUAGGUAUGCUUGAAAGGCGAUGUGCUAUUUUACGCUCCAUUCUCUAUGCUGAUACUACUACGUCUCGAUCAUUUUCCCAUCCUCCUCCUAUGAUGACUGGAUCUAUUGAUACUGCGACUAUUACUUCUGGUGCUAUCUCUGCUGACAUGAACCUCUCUCAACUAUGAAGCCUUCAAGUUAGUUAGUUUUUUUUUUUUUAUUAGUUUUUAUUAUAUAUAUAGUUAUUAUAUCCAUUUUAUAGUAUAUCUUUUAUUUUAUUUUUAUUCUUCUUCUUUAUACAUACUUACGCUUAAAAGGUAAUUGAAUCCGUCGAUCGGUUGUUAUCCUUUCCUAUUUACUCUCUCACACCCACACUUUUUUUUUUUUUUU